AUGGGUCCGGCGUACAAAGUCGCUGAUAUUAGCUUGGCUGAAUGGGGGCGACGUGAGAUAGAGAUAGCAGAGAAUGAGAUGCCGGGGUUAAUGAAAAUGCGAGCUAAAUACGGCGAGUUGCAACCAUUAAAGGGAGCUCGCAUUGCCGGAUGCCUCCAUAUGACUCUCCAGACUGCUGUUUUGAUUGAAACUUUAACAGCACUUGGCGCCAAAGUGCGCUGGUCUUCAUGUAAUAUAUUCAGCACACAAGACCACGCAGCUGCUGCAAUUGCUAAGACUGGCGUUCCUGUGUUCGCUUGGAAAGGCGAAACGGAGGAAGAGUAUGUGUGGUGUAUGGAACAGACUCUCAAUUUUGAAGAUGGACCUCUCAAUAUGAUUCUUGAUGAUGGAGGUGACCUGACCAAUCUCGUUCAUGAGAAAUAUCCUCAUUUGCUAAGUGGUAUCAAAGGCAUUUCCGAAGAAACAACAACGGGUGUCCACAACCUUUAUAAGCGCUUGAAGAACGGCAAACUAAAGUGUGCUGCUAUGAAUGUCAAUGAUUCGGUCACUAAAAGCAAAUUCGACAAUCUCUAUGGAUGCAGAGAGUCCUUGGUUGAUGGUAUUAAGCGCGCCACCGACGUUAUGCUUGCAGGAAAGGCUGUUUUCGUCGCUGGUUACGGCGAUGUCGGCAAGGGGUGUUGUCAAGCUCUGCGUUCGUAUGGCUGCCGCGUUUUGGUCAGCGAAAUUGACCCUAUAAACGCCCUACAGGCCGUGAUGGAAGGUUACGAGGUAACAACUAUCGAUGAAGCGGUGAAGGAAGCCCAAAUAUUUGUCACAGCAACCGGGUGUAAGGAUAUCAUUCUCGGAAAACACCUUGAACAGAUGAAAGAAGAUGCAAUCGUAUGCAAUAUUGGCCACUUCGAUAUCGAAAUCGAUGUGGCAUGGCUAAACGCAAAUUGUGUUGAAAAAGUCCAGGUUAAGCCACAAGUUGAUCGUUAUUUGCUUAAAAACGGCCGCCACGUCAUCGUUUUGGCUGAGGGACGCCUUGUCAACCUCGGGUGCGCCCACGGUCAUCCCAGCUUCGUAAUGUCGAACUCUUUUGUGAACCAGGUUCUCGCACAAAUUGAGCUUUUUACAAAACCCGAGAAAUAUCACGUCGGCGUUUUUAUGCUCCCGAAAAAGUUGGAUGAGGAGGUUGCGGCUGCUCACUUGGACCAACUGGGAGUCAAGUUGACCAGGCUGACGAAAGAACAAUCCGAGUACCUGGGCAUUCCUCAAGAUGGACCCUAUAAAUCUGAUCAUUACCGCUACUAG